ACGCACGGCCACAGGUUCACCUGCCGCAGCGCCGCGUUCGUACUCGAGGGCAGUGUCUGCGAGCAGCGGUGCUCGACAAGAUGUGCUCCACACGAUUCCUCAUCCGAGCAGCAAUCAUCUCUUUUUGCAUCUUAUUCGCCAACGCCGCCAAUGAGCAACAAGAUUCGGAAUCGAAGCUGAAAACAUCCGUGAGUGUUCAGGGUCUGGUUCGCCACAGAUAUGCAACGGUGCAAAUUUCGUCUCUUAUUGAAAACCCAAGCAACGAAUCUCAGGAGACCAACAUCACAAUACACAUUCCUGAAAACGCAUUCGUCUCGUACGCAACGCUAGAGGUGGACGGGGAGGUCAUUCGGAGUCAAGUGCAAGAGCGAAAGGUCGUGCAGCAGCAAUACCAACUGGCGGUCGGCACUGGGGCAACUGCGAGUCAAGUUUCUGCGGUGAGAGAUGCAAACGCUGUUCUCAUUUCUGUCAACGCAGGCGCGAAAUCAAACACGUUAUUUAACGUGACUUACGAGGAACUGCUCGUUCGGCGCAAGGGCCGCUACGAGAUGGCAAUUAGUGUUGACCCAAAAUUGGAAAUGGAAUAUUUCAAAGUGGAUUUGGAAAUUAAGGAGAACAAGAACUUUACAUUUGUGAACGUGCCGCCAUUCAGCUCCACGUUGACACCUGAUGAUUUAGAUCACACAGUUCAAAAUGAAGAAGUCAAUAUCGAAUAUUUGGAGGACGCGGGUCACUGCAAAAUUUCUUAUUUCAAAGAGGCGAAUGCCGAUGGAAAGGUCAAAUCCCCAGGACCGUUUGUCCUUAGAUAUGACGUGGAUCGUGAGGGGAAACAAGGAGAAGUUCUGCUCCUUGAUGGACAUUUUGUACACUUUUUGUCAGCGGAGAAGGAAAAGUACAAUCCCGCCGUGUUCCCAAAGCAUGCGAUUUUUGUGCUCGACUCGAGCGCGUCCAUGUGGGGCUCCAAACUGAAGCAGCUGCAGGUUGCCAUGUCGCAAAUUUUAAGACAGCUCUCCAGACAGGACGUCUUCAGCAUCGUCACUUUCGGCAAUAAGGCCACUGAAUGGUACAUGCAAGGACUGCAGCCUUCACUCGGCAAAGGCGUUUACGCCGUGAACAGGCGCAAUGUUGCGGACGCUAUGGAUUUUAUUUCCCGAAUGCAAGCGACUGGAGGUACUAACAUCCAGGCUGGUCUGAGAAGGGCGUUGUAUCUCGCGGCAAAAUACAGGAACAUCCCUCUCAUUCCGGGAGUUUCUGAGGGUGCGAAUUACACAACGCCGCGACCAGAAGCGAAAAAGGAGGUGGAGACCCUGCUUAUGUUCCUGUCAGACGGCAUUCCCACUGCUGGGGAAAUCAGGCUCAGCAAAUUGCUCAAAUCCGUGCACUUUGUAAAUACCAAUGUUAAGGCGAGCAUUUUCGCCCUGGCAUUUGGAACGACGGCAAACUACGGCUUUUUGAGGCGAAUGGCCCUACAGAACUACGGUUUUAGCCGCAGGAUUUACGAAAGUUCAGACACGGCUAUUCAGUUGCAGAGUUUCUUCCAAGAAAUCACGUCUCCGUUGCUGAAAAAUGUCACAUUUACUUACUUAGAUAAUAAGGUCAACUUCAGCUCAUUGACCCUUAGAGAGUUUCCGAUUCUUUUCUCGGGCAGCGAAGUUGUAGUCGCUGGCAAAUUAAAUGACGAUUUCGAGCCUGAAGAUCAGGAUGAUGAACUGAUUGGAAGCUUUUCCGCACAAGGAACGAUCUUGAGGGUUUCCAACAAUAUAACAGUGCCCACAGAGGCUAUUACUGCAAAUAAAACACAAGUGCCAACGCGCAAACGACGCAGAUAUGGAGUUUUGGAGAAAAUUUGGGCCCAAUUGACGAUUCGCCAGCUUCUAGACAACUAUUUAAUUGAAGAUUUUGGUGACGAAUCGACUGAAAAUAAGGAGUCUGACGCGGCAGACAGUCAGAAAUUGGAAGACAACAACCAACAAAGGGCACUUGAGCUUGCUUUAAAGUAUGGAUUUGUAACGCCUUUGACGUCACUAAUAGUGGUGUCCGAAAAGAAACCGGUGGUUGUAAUUAACUCGGAAAACAUGGAAAAUGACUUGAAACAGCAGGACCAAAUACAUUUUAGCGACAAAGCUGUACCACCGAUGUUGUCGCCGAUGAGCAUCCAGCAUGCUGCACUUUAUAACAAAUCAAGUGAGGGGGAGAGUAGUGAUAAAUCGCCUUCUGAAAAGUUUGAGUGGCUGUCUACUUUGCUGGCGGAGAACGACAGCGUAACUUUCAUCAAGCCAAAUGGGGAAGAAAUCACUCGAACUGUCAAAAUACCAAGUGAAGAGGUAGAUGAAACGCUGAAUGAAUGCGUGUUUAAAUCUGAAGAUGACACAGAAAAGACUGGCAAUUGCAGACCGCUGUUGAGCUGUCCAAGCUCGCAAGUUCCCACAUUUGACGAGUAUUUCAGGAGGCACUGCGACUUCGACAGCACAACGUUGGCCGUUUGCUGCUUGAAGAGCUAGGCAUCCCGCAGAGCACGAGUGUUCGCCGGUUGCGUACUUAUCAGAAAAUUCAAUUAUUUAUAUAUUUAUUGCAUUAAGUGCCGAAUUUAAAUAUGUGGAUCAAAUGCAAACGUGAUUAGGGAGGAAAUAAAAUUAUAAUUUUCUUCA